UACGUUCCUCUACGCGACUUCCAGAUAGUCACAGAUGCCUUGAACUUCUCGACCACCGACUUGCAUGUCAUUGGCGGCUGCGACCUCUACACAACCAAAGCUGCCGGCAGCGACAAGAAACUGUACAAGAACAUUGAGAAUUCACUCGAGAAGGAGCAUGGAAACCUGUUGCGCUUGGCUGCAUCACUAUCACCUCCAUCGCUUCCAGUCGACAGCAGAAAGAAAGAGCGCAAGCCGUCAGUUCACAUGCCAGAGAUCGAUCUUUCUCGCGAUAGCCCUUUCGGUUCCUUCAAUCAGAUCAGCGCAAGACGAACGUUCGCAUACCUGAUCGCAACUCUCAACGCCUCACACCCCGACUACGACUUUUCGCACAUCCUACGACCUACCGACUUCCGUAAGACGACGGGUACAUCAAUCAGGAGAAGUGUGGAUAGUACUCUUAUCAACAUGCGUCCUCGUCGUAUGUCUACUCUUCUGUCACCUCACGCCAAGUCUUCGUUGAGUGCAGGUUCACCACAAGGCAUCACAUCACCGAACGCCGAGUUUGUGUGGGGCGAUUACAUGUGGAAGUUGAUCGACAAGGAGAUGGAUCUCAAGGCCUGUGAGAAGUACACAUGGGACCCCGAGGACGAUCCUUUCGAGGCUGAAAGUGCAUUGUGGAGUCAACACUACUUCUUCUUCAACAAGGAGAAGAAGAGAGUUUGUUAUCUCAACUUCCGCGCGUUCAGUGUCUUGUCGCACUCACCCGCCAAUGGCAUGCACACACGUACCGUGCCAAUCACCAACCCCGGUGUUGGAGAGGGAGCUGGAAAGAGAGCCCAGUACUGGCUUGGUCACAGCGUCGAUGACAAUGAUGUUGACAACUGGAGAGAAGACGACGAUCUUGAAUACGAAGACUCAAUGAGUAUCGACAACGACAGCAACGAAGGCGAAUACAGAAACGAUCUCGACGAUGUGCGCGACAAGCUCGAGGACGGUUACUACGCCUGGGCCGACGGCACUGUUGACACAAACGAUGCUUCUGGCUGGGACCCCCGUCGCAUGCACCGUGGCUCUAGUGAGGGCCCGGCUGAUGCCAUGGAGAUCUAA